GCGCGCACUGCUUACCACUACACCACAGCGGCCGACAAAUGCAUAAAUAAAAAUGCUACUAUAAAAAUAGAAACAGUAGUAAAGCAUUUGAACAUAAUUUUAGAAGCUCUAAAAAGAAUAAGACAGGUGAUCAAUACAACAGACCGUAUACUUACCAAAGAACACCAGAAAGAAGUCCGCCAAUUUUUCUUCGCCGUACGAGAUAAGUUGGUAUCUUCUUUAGCUAGACACAAUAUAGAAGUAACAAUACCAACCACAGUAUAGGAAAAACUCCAGAUCGAUUUCAAUUGAAUUUUAUCAGAACGUGCUCAGAGCCCGAUUCCAUCACCUUCCUUGAGCCAAACUCCAUCAGUGGAAGAAAAUAAACCGUUAGACAUCCCAAUCAUAAACGUCACAAUGGUGCAAACUGUAGUCGAAUUUAUUAAAACUGCUUCAUCAGUGCUACCAGAGUUUGAUGGUAAGCCGGAGAACUUACACAGUUUCCUAGACGCCCCUGAUAUACUUGAUCAAAUCAAAGAUGAUCACGAAGCCUUAGCGAUAACAAUGAUAAAAACCAAGCGAAAAGGCACGGCAAGGAAUUUUAUCAGUACCGAAAACAUAAUAGAACAGAUAAAAACAAAAUUAAAAAACGCAAUAAAGGGUGAAUCAGUAGAAGUUUUAACCGCUAAACUCCUGAACAUCCAACAACGUAGCAAAACUGCUAAUCAAUACACAGCAGAAAUAGAAAAAAUUACUAGGUCAUUGGAAGGAGCAUAUAUCUCGGAUGGACUCAACCCAGACUUAGCAACGAGAUAUUCAACCCAAGCAGCAGUCAAAGCAAUGUGUAAAAACUGCUCCAAUGACAAGGUCAAAAUUAUAAUGCAAGCGGGAACGUUCACAACUAUGAACGAUGCAAUCUCUAAAUUUACGAACAGCUGUACCGAAAUAACGGGCAGCUCAAACACAAUUUUGAAUGUACGACAGCAGAGUCAGUACCGGAGUAAUUUCCUAUGGAAAUUACCAAAGUAGGAGAUUUAGACCGCAACCGAGAUACAACAAUAACUCGAGGUCCAACAGCAAUAUAUAAGCGAAUCAUUUCAGCAUGCUACUGUGGCUGCUUUCGUCACUCGCGCGCACUGCCGUACGCUGUGAUAUGCACAUACCCACCAGCAAAAAGUUUCACUUCUGAAAAAAGUAAGCGAGUUAGUAAUAGGUCGCGGGGCAAGGAACGAGGUCAUUCCGUUGUAAGAGAAAAAUAUUUUUUGUUCUUGUCCUUUUCAAGAAAGUUUAAUACUAAAUUCAUAUGAACCAGUUUAGCGCUCAUCUGAUCGAUUCAUAUCCCUGCAUACGCGAGUUGCUCAUUUCUAAACUUCCUAGGAAGGUGCUCAACUGAUUAUUUCAUAUUCCUGCAUACGCAAGUCAGAUAUGCAAACAACUGAUAAACUGAUAUUGCCAGGUUUGCAAUUUUGUAAGCUAUGAUUUUCGUAGGGCAUCGGCCGUGUUAAAAUUCAUCAAAGAAUUCAGUAGUUAGGCCCUCACUUUUGCUAUUACAGAUUAAUUUCCUAGCUAUUACCUUUUGUUACUGGGUAUGUAUGUAAAUAUAUAAAUUUGUAUAUACAUAUGUAUGUAUGCAUUUAUAGGGCAUUUGCUUUUAAAUCGUUAAAAUUCAUAUUAAAUUGAGGUAGGUAUAAAAUUGUUAAUGACAAAAACGAAAAGCACUCAACCUCAUAUACAUAUAUGCAUAUAGAUGUAUAAAUAUAUCCCUGUAGGGAAACCCCGAACUGGUGAACCA